CUCUUAAAACCCUAAUCCUCCUACGAAGAGGAAGAGAACCUCUCGCCGUCGCCGAUAGAGUUUGUGGAAUUGAGCGAUGAGUACGUUAUCUCAAAACGCUCCGACGAGCAAGGCUAGAAGAGAAGAGACCGAAGAUGACGUAAGGGCCAAGAGAAGGAAGAUGGAGGAAGAGAAGCAAAGAGAGUCUGAGCAGGUUGAAAUGAAAAAGCUUGAGAAUUUGUUGUUUGGAUCACUCUACAAUCCUGUUUCGUUUGGAGAGAAAGACGGCGUUGUAGAAGGGUCUGAUCUGUUUCGUGUAGAUCGUUCUGCUGUGAGGCAAACUCCAGAUUCUGAAGAUGAUGAUGAUGAUGAUGAUGAUGAGCAAGUUUCUGACGAUGAGAGAGUUAUUAGGAAGGGAGAAGCUGCUUGGGAGGAUGAAGAAGAGAAAGAGAUUAAUAUUAACAUAGCUAGUGUUAACCGUCUGAGGAAGCUAAGGAAAGAGGAGGAUGAGGGAUUGAUCUCUGGCUCUGAGUACAUUGCUAGGCUGAGAGCUCAUCACGCUAAGCUUAACCCUGGAACUGAUUGGGCUAGGACUGAUUCUCAUAUCACUGAUGGAGAUUCCUCAGAUGAUGGAGGAGAAGGUGAUGAUGAUGAUGAUAUUCUCAAAACAAACGAAGAUCUUGUGGUGAAGUCUGGUGGCUCCAAGCUCUGUUCCGGUCUUCUUGAGUAUUCAGAACACGCGGAUGCCAACAUAGCAGAUCCUUCAGACGCUCCGAUCAACUCUGUCCAGUUCCAUCAAAACGCUCAGCUGCUUCUCACCGCCGGAAACGAUAGAAGGCUGAGGUUUUUCCAGAUCGAUGGGAAGAGGAACACCAAGAUACAGAGCAUCUUUCUCGAGGACUGUCCCAUUCACAAAGCUGCCUUCUUGCCUAACGGAUCUCAGGUUAUUGUCUCGGGGAGGAGGAAGUACUUUUACAGCUUUGAUUUGGAGAACGCGAAGUUCGACAAGAUUGGCCCAUUGGUUGGUAGAGAGGAGAAGAGCUUGGAGAGUUUCGAAGUGUCGCAAGACUCCAAGACCGUAGCCUUCAUGGGAAACGGAGGCUACAUCUUGCUUGUGUCCACAAAGACCAAAGAGCUGACGGGAACGUUGAAGAUGAACGGUUCAGUGAGGUCCUUAGCGUUCAGUGACGACGGGAAGCAGCUGCUGAGCUCAGGAGGGGAUGGACAAGUCUAUGUCUGGGAUCUUAGAACGAUGAAGUGUUUAUACAAAGGUGUGGAUGAAGGGAGCACGUGCGGGACUUCGCUUUGCAGCUCACCUAACGGAGCUUUGUUCGCCUCUGGGACAGAUAGAGGGAUCGUGAACAUUUACAAGAAGGCUGAGUUUUUGGGAGGCAAAAGGAAGCCGAUAAAGACGGUGGACAAUCUCACUUCGGAGAUUGAUUUCUUGAAGUUCAACCAUGAUGGUCAGAUUCUAGCUAUAAUCUCGAGGAUGAAUAAAGACAGUGUGAAGCUUGUCCAUGUUCCGUCUCUAACCGUCUUCUCAAACUGGCCGCCGCCAAAUAAAAAGAUGAAUUACCCUCGCUGCUUGGACUUCAGCCCUGGAAGUGGCUUCAUGGCUAUGGGAAACGCUAGUGGAAAAGUUUUGCUUUACAAACUGAAUCAUUACAUGAAUGCUUGAAGUGUGUCCUUGGCGAUGGGCAGUUUUUUGAGAUUGUUGUUGUGUUUUCCUUUUGUCUCAUUACUCUUCUGUUAUCAGUUAUCCUUCCAACUUUUUUCCAUCAAUGGAAUAUUUUCUUUCAUGAUAUAAUUGGAACUGAGUGGGGCAAGUCUUUUCUCACGUUA